CCCCAUCUACUUCCUGAAGCGUUGGUGGAACUCAAACGCGAUUGUCGGUUUAUAGUCGGACUAUUUUUAAUGUGACACAAAGAGUUGCACAUGUGUUAGUGGUUGUUUUGCUCAAUUCAAACACUAUUUCAAGCUCUUCAUGUGGUCUUCCCUCCACUAGACUGUCAGAAUGAAGCAAACCGAGCCACAGACAGACAGAGAGAGCCUCUAUCUAGAGGUGUCCAGUGUGAAUGGAGCUGUGUCUCUCCCCCUGCACUCCUCUAUUGUCCUCUUCCUCCUCUCCUACACAGAGUGCUCAUCUUUCCACGUCCACCUGGUCACAGAUCAAGCAGACAUCCUGCCGUCCCUGUCAGGGCUGGUGCCUGGGGGUCUCGCUGUUUCUGAGGUGAGGAGGGACGAGCUGCCAGGGCUGGUUAGGAUGUGUCGUCUCCCGGCUGCACUGGAGCCUGACGUUUGCUUUUGCAGAGCUGGCCUAGCUGUCGUACUGAGACACAUCAUUCAGAGCACAUGCCAGCUGAUGCCAGGCCGCAGGGACGUGGCGUCACUCUUGGGCUUCAAGAACACCUGUCUCAAGGCUUGUGCCGAGGUGAGCCAGUGGACUAGACUGUGUGAGCUGGACAUUCCCUCUGCAGUGGAGGAACACUUACGAAACCCUGAAGACCAGAUGUGUCGACUUCCUGCUGCGAUCCUGAACUUAGAGAAGAGGUUAGGGGAACCCGUCAAGGUUCACAAUGAUGACAAGAUACGCCGACAGAAGCUACAACAGCAAAAGAAGAGUGAUGCUCAACUAAAAGGCCCCAGCACAAAAAGAGCAGACCGCCUGAAUGAAUCCCAUCCGGGAGUUGAGCUCAGUGCUGCUCUGGCGAAGCUCUCUGCGGAUGCGGUUCCUUCUCCCUCCACCAGAGAGAGCUCUGACAUCAGGAAAGUCAAGAGCACAGACCUGCCAGAGCUGGAGCAUGUGUUUGCAGAAGGGCUGUAUUUCACCCUCACUGAUGUCGUCCUGCUGCCCUGCAUCCAUCAAUACCUGGUCUCCCUCCAAAAGCACACCCCCUCCACCCUAUCCCAUCUGCCCUUGCUGCUGAGAUGGUACCAGCGUGUGCAGGAGCUCCCCAGCGUACUGAGGGCCGCAAAGGAUUGUGGGAUGGCCCUUUUUACUCUCAGCUCGGUUGACCCUUGCCCUCCCAAGCCAGAGGCCCCACGAUCCAGUGGAGCAGAGCAGGAAGGCCCUGAACGCAAGCAAGAGCCCUUCAUCGGGGGCCCGAGGCCAACUCUCACCAAACUGCAAGAAAAUGGGAUAGACGCUGUUUAUACCGCUCACCCUUGCCCGUCAUGGACUGUUGAUUGGGAGAGCCUACCGAUGGCCGUCAACCCCACUGAAGGUAAGAUGUCAGACGCCCGCGCUGUGCGCAAACAACAACAGCUCAACAACCUGGUUGCCAUGGUGACGGAGCUGGCCCACCCAGGGCACACUGUGGUGGAUUUCUGCAGCGGGGGGGGGCACGUUGGGAUUGUUUUGGCAUACACACUUCCUAAAUGUCAGGUUAUUCUCAUUGAAAAUAAAGAGGAGUCUCUGGUCAGGGCCAGACACCGAAGUGCUCAGCUUGAAUUGACAAACAUUGGCUUCAUCCAGACCAACCUCGACUACUUCACUGGAAACUUUAACAUCGGGGUGGCUCUGCAUGCGUGCGGAGUGGCAACAGACAUGGUGUUGGAUCGCUGCCUCCAGGCGCGGGCGGGAUUUGUGAUUAGUCCGUGCUGCUAUGGGUUCAUUCAAAACACACUCAAGUUCAACUUCCCCAAGAGCACGAGGUUUGCGGAGACUUUGAGCUAUAAGGAGCAUAUGAUCCUGUGCAGGUUUGCGGACCAGACAGCUGUCAGUUUACCUCUGGAACGGAGAUUAAUUGGGAAGCGCUGUAUGGGACUGGUGGACUUGGACCGCAGUUGGGCCGCCGAGACUCAUGGGUAUUCUGUGAGGGUGAUGACCAUGGUCCCUGAGGGCUGCUCGCCUAAGAACAAUAUGCUUGUGGGCUUUCCUACCAGAUAACACUGACUCACUGAGGAAAAACCCACAUCAAGACAACAUUCAGGACUGCAAAAAUAUCUUUUUUCAUUUAUUCCAUGAGAUGUUUGAUUUUGGGCAAUUUAUAUUUCCAAACAUUUCACUUAAAGAGAGAGUUCAUUUUGACAUAAUUUAAUCACCCUCAGGUCAUUCCAACCUCAUAUUAUCUUUUUUAAUUCUUCUAUAAAACAAAAAAGGCAAUGUUAGGCAUGUCUGAGUCGACCUUUUCCAUACAACGAAAGUGAAUGGUGUGAAUAAUACUGACAAAAAAGCAAUAGCUUUAUAUGAGGAACAGAAUCUAAAUUAAGAUGUGCUUUUAUGGUGCUUUUUUAUACUUUUUUUAUACACAAUCCCCAUUUCUUUUAUGUAGAAGCUUUGACAUUCUGUCUGGCAUCUCAUUUCAUGUUUCACAGAAGAAAGAAAAUGAUUGAAUGACAUUAAGAUUUUUGCUUUCCUUUUAAAUCCAAAAGCAUGGAAUGCUACUUAUUUGCACAUACACGCUUGAAUCAUGGUUUGAUCUAAUUGUGCAAUCAGUAUAUUUGUUUGUUUUUUAUUGCAGAUUUUAAAUGGCUUCAUCUAAACAAUUAGAGAUUUUUAUUUCAGUAAUGUCUUUCAGAUCAGUACUUUCCUACUUGAUUUGCGUGCCUGAGGUUUGUGUGUAAAACGAGACAAAAACCAUCACGCCCCUCAAUAAAUUAAACAUGACUUCA